AUGGGCCUCUUCUCAAAUCCCCUUCGCUCCCGCGAACCGCGGCUACCACGUUACCAGAACAUACCGUCACCCACCAAAGAACGCUAUUCUGACGACGAAUACGACUCCUCAGACGACGACUUGGAUGCAUCCUACCCAACGGGGUCCUCAUCACCCUACAGUUCACGGAGUGUGUCUGAUUCAGCACCCAGUGGCUCAUACUUGCUGCCAAAGCGAACACCACUACAGCAGCCUCGCAGAAACAGAUGUUCACAAGUCUAUCCCUACAGGCUACCGACAAAAGUAACCCGAUGGGUGCUCAUUGGCGUAAUUGGCACCAUUGUUCUCAUGGUGCUGAGUCUCGUGAGGGCAAGCCAGGUUGAGAAUUGGAAGGUCGCCAAUGGGAAAGCAAAGACAUCAGCACCACCGCCGCCAAUGUGGGAGAAGUUCCCAUUUUUGGAGAGAUAUUACGGCGGUAUUCGGACGUUGAAACCCUUUAAUGAGAGUCGGCCUACGUAUCCUAUCACAAACCAGCCUGUGGCGUUGUCGACGCCUGAUGAUGAAUCGCACGGGGAAAAGGUUACUCGGGAUAUCAUGCAGAAGGAACUGCCUCCCAGUUCGUCAUGGGAGAUGUAUCCUAGUGCGAAGAAGGAGUCUGGUGUUCAGGAAUGUUUUAUCGACGCCGAUGGGAAAGUUCGCGUGCCUCCGUUGAGAUAUUACAAUGGUCGGACGUAUGGCUUUCCCGAACACGUUUCCGGCUCAUACGAGAUUCUUAAGCUUCCGGAGGAAAUUUGCUUCGAGAGAUAUGGCAGGUAUGGACCAUACGGAUUUGGAUAUUCUCAAGGGAUGGGCGGCCUGAGCACUGGUGAGCACGGUGAAAAUGAGGGCUUCGAGUCUGUUUGGGAAAAGACGCCGCGUGUCGAUUACCGAUCAGUUGACUGGGCUGAUGUGCAGCGUCGGUGUUACAAUGCCAAUGUUGGACGGUACAAGGCUUUGCCGCCGAUGACUCCCUCAUCUCACGGGUUUUAUAUUGGCCAGUCCUCCAGCUCUGAGAGUAUCUUGGCUCGUCGGGCUGAAGGGAACAGCACUGCAAAGGUGACCAACACUGUCGAGCAGGCUGGCAAGCCAACUCCCACAUAUAUCUCUACAAAGGGUUCCAAGAAGCCAGUCAGUGCUGGAACUACAGCCAGAACUGCAGUCGUGAUUCGAUGCUGGGACUCGUUUCUCUUCCGCGAGGAUGACAUUGCCAAUAUCCGCUCCAUCAUCGCGGAGUUGUCCAUGGCGUCUGGCGGUAGAUACGACGUCCAUCUCCUUGUUCAGGUGAGGGAAGACGGCAAGCAUCCCAUCUGGGCUGACCACGAAGCCUACCAGAAGAGGAUAAACGAAACGAUCCCCAAGGAGUUCCAGGGUAUGGUUACGCUGUGGACAGAAACCCAAAUGCUGGCUUUGUACCAGGGCAUGUACGAUCUGUGGACUCGCGGACCAGAUUUGCCAGUCCAUGGCGUCUACAGAGGUCUAUCCAUGGCCAUGCAGCAUUUUGCCUACGUCCAUCCGGAAUAUGACUACUUUUGGCAGUGGGAGAUGGAUAUCCGGUACACAGGUCACUACUACGACCUGGUCACCAAGCUCGAGGAAUGGGCCAAGGCCCAACCCAGAAAGGGCCUCUGGGAACGAAACUCGCGUUUCUAUUUCCCCAGCGUACAUGGCACAUGGGAGGACUUUUCGCAAAUGUCCCGUGUGCAGAGUGAAAUGGGCACCGUGGGCGCCGACACCGUCUGGAAGGAGAUGCCCGGCAGCGAAAAGGCGCCGGAAACCGGGGCAUCCAAAAACUCCAAGAUGAUCUGGGGACCUGUUCGGCCGACCGAGGAGCAAGACUGGUUCGAGACGGACGAUGAUCCCAUCCCACCUACGACGUACGAGGCAGACAAGUACAAAUGGGGUGUUGGCGAAGAAGCAGACUUGAUCACCCUGAAUCCCAUCUUCGACCCCGAAGGCACGACAUGGAUUCUAAAGGACGACAUCACCGGCUACAACCGUACACAGCCGCUUCCUCCCCGUCGCGCCGCCCUCAUCACCACAUCACGCAUGUCGCGCCGCCUGUUGAUGAAGAUGCACCGCAUGACAGCAUUCAAGAAGCAAUUUGCGUUUCCUGAGAUGUGGCCCGCAACCGUGGCUCUCCAACACGGCUACAAGGCCGUCUACGCACCUCACCCAAUGUACGUCGACCGCAAAUGGCCCGUAGAGUACAUGGCGCAGACGUACAAUGGCGGUCGGGACGGCACCAGCGGCGGUUCGAGAACGAGCGUCUUUGGCGAGAGGGAGCAUAAUCUCAAGGGUUUGAGCUGGUUCUACAACUCUGGCUUCGCGCCCAACCUGUACAAGAGGUGGGUCGGGCUGAAGGUGAAUAACGACGGGGGCGAGGACUUUGAGAAGAAUCACGACGAGAGCAAGAAGGGUUCGGGAGUGGGCAAUAUGCCCGGCGGAGAGGGGAGGAUGUGUGUCCCGCCAAUGUUAUUACAUCCUGUUAAGGAUACUGAGUUGCCGGUGGAGGCGCCGCCGGGAGAGGAGGAAGAGAAGGUGGAAUCGGAUCCUGCGGCGUGA